GUUGGGUGUGAGGACACGUACUCAGUCUUGGGCCAACCUCCUGCUGUAUGAUGGAGCGUGUGGUGUUGGCCGUCCUGUUGCAGGUCUGCUGGAUGGUGGUGGUAGGAGGCGCGUUGACACGACCUGGUAUAGUGCCUGAAGGAGGAAGAGGAGGACCAUCCCCACCCCCCCAGGACCUGAUGGUGGUGGUGGGGGAUAUGUUGGUGCCUCAGGAGCUAUAUGAUCAGGUCACCGCCCCGGCCACAUCCAGGAAGGGCAUAAUUUACAAAUAUCUCUGGCCUAGAGAAAAUGGAAUACCUACAAUACCUUAUUUUAUAUCUGUGGGAGCGAACAAGUUCACGAGGGAGAUAGAGGCUGGGAUGAACCAUUGGGAGACACACACCUGUCUUAAGUUCAAGAAGACAACAGGAAGUGACGCACACUCCAUCAUGUACGUGAGCAAGGGAGGAUGCUGGUCAUAUGUGGGUAUGAUCGACUUUCCGACCCAGGCAGUGUCUAUCGGCAACGGAUGUCAGUCGCUUCGCACGGUAGUCCACGAGGUCGGUCAUGCAAUCGGUCUCUUCCACGAACAAGCACGACCGGACCGUGACCGCUAUGUGGUAAUUCAUGACAACAACAUCCAAGACGGUCAGCAUCGCCAGUUUGCCAUAAUGAGCUCGGAUUUAGUGAAUGACCAAGGGGUGGCCUACGAUUAUACCUCCGUCAUGCACUACGGUGGAUUGGAUUUCACUAAGAACGGACUACCGACGCUAUCUACCAAGGACCCCAAGUACCAGGGUCUAUUAUCGAGGCGGCAGGAACUCUCCCAUCGUGACAAACAUAUCGUCAACCUUAUGUACGGCUGUGUAGACAUGUGGAUGAAGGCGUGUGACCUGCCCGAGACCCACUGCUUUGGCGAAGGAUACCUGGGGAAGGACUGUACGUGUGUGUGUCCUCCAGGAACUUCGGGUCAGCGAUGUGAGAUCACCCAGGGCGAGUAUUAUGGUGACAUGAUGCCAGCUUGUAGUCAGGUGAUCACAGAGGAGAGAACCUUUUCCUCCCCGGCCUACCCCAGGAACAUACCCGAGGGUACAUGGUGUGUGUACACGGUGGAAGCACCAGUCGAUCACGUGGUAGAGGUGACCUUCUUAAGUUUUGAAAUGAUCUUGAACAAACCCAGCGGGGUGUACAAAUGUUACGCCGAUUACCUGCAAGUCAGAGACCAUGAUAUGUACAACGGCAACGUGUUUUGUGGCCGAGGCAUCAAGACUAACCAGAGCUUCGUCAGUACCUCGAGGACCAUGUAUGUCUACCUCCACACCACCACCUCAUACUCAAAGGGUUUCAAGGCUGAGGUCAAGUUCUACCUCGCUUCCGACGCCCCGGAUCCUAGCCCAGGGGCCGCUGUUAACGUAUCGGGGUUCACUUGCCUGGUGGUGACGUGUCUCUUGGUGCAUCUGCUGGUGGAGGUUCAUUCUGUGUCAGACAUUGUUGUUGGGUAGUGUUACUUAGCCUCAUAGCUCAUGUUAUUUAACCUUAAAGCUCCUGCUACUUAACCUCAUAGCUCCUGACACUUAACCUCAUAGCUCCUGUUACUUAACCUUAUAGCUCAUGUUAUUUAACCUUAAAGCUCCUGCUACUUAACCUCAUAGCUCCUGCUACUUAACCUCAUAACUCCUGUUACUUAACCUCAUAGCUCCUGUUACUUAACCUCAUAGCUCCUGUUAUUUAACUUUAAAGCGCCUGCUACUUAACCUCAUAGCUCCUGUUCCUUAACCUUAAAGCUACUGCUACUUAACCUCAUAGCUUCUGUUCCUUAACCUCAUAGCUCCUGCUACUUAACCUCAUAACUCCUGUUACUUAACCUCAUAGCUCCUGUUACUUAACCUCAUAGCUCCUGUUAUUUAACUUUAAAGCGCCUGCUACUUAACCUCAUAGCUCCUGUUCCUUAACCUUAAAGCUACUGCUACUUAACCUCAUAGCUUCUGUUCCUUAACCUCAUAGUUCCUGUUACUUAACCUUAAAGCUCCUGCUACUUAACCUCGUAGCUCCUGUUACUUAACCUCAUAACUCUGUACACAAGGAGUUAGAUCACGGUACACUUGGAGUUAACCUCAUAGCUAGUACCCGUAUGAGUGACACUAUUAACUGUAUGAGUGACACUAGUACCCGUAUGAGUGACACUAGUAACUGUGUGAGUGACACUAGUACCCGUAUGAGUGACACUAGUAACUGUAUGAGUGACACUAGUACCCGUAUGAGUGACACUAUUAACUGUACGAGUGACACUAGUACCCGUAUGAGUGACACUAUUAACUGUAUGAGUGACACUAGUACCCGUAUGAGUGACACUAGUAACUGUAUGAGUGACACUAGUACCCGUAUGAGUGACACUAGUAACUGUAUGAGUGACACUAGUACCCGUAUGAGUGACACUAGUAACUGUAUGAGUGACACUAGUACCCGUAUGAGUGACACUAGUAACUGUGUGAGUGACACUAGUACCCGUAUGAGUGACACUAGUAACUGUAUGAGUGACACUAGUACCCGUAUGAGUGACACUAUUAACUGUGAGUGACACUAGUACCCGUAUGAGUGACACUAGUAACUGUAUGAGUGACACUAGUACCCGUAUGAGUGACACUAUUAACUGUACGAGUGACACUAGUACCCGUAUGAGUGACACUAGUAACUGUAUGAGUGACACUAGUACCCGUAUGAGUGACACUAGUAACUGUGUGAGUGUUACUAGUACCCGUAUUAGUGUCAUUAGUACCCGUAUGAGUUGUUUAGUGGUAAUUGUAAUGUAGUUUGCUCACGGUAAGGCAAACAUUACCUGAACGACAUCUUCUAGUUAACCUCAAACUAAUAUUAAUAAGUAAUUCCAUCUCCCAGGUUCAUUAAUUAAAUAACUAUGACAGCUAAUUUUAUUUUUGUAACCUAAUUACUAGAGUUUCAUAAGUGAAAAGGUCGUUAGGUGAAUAAAGUGACGAGAUAGUGAAACGCGGGUAACAAAGUCCGUAGAGUUUAUCAGGGAUAUCUGGGGCUUUUCUUUUCAUACGUUGCUUUUAGUGAUUCUAGGGUGAUAUAAUGAUGGUCUAGUGUUGGUGAGCUGUGAUUGGUCAGUGAUGUUUAGUGUAGAUGUCAUUAAGCUAAUUAUUAUCUUGGGUUACACUCAAUAAAUGUUGAUUUUAAUUAUGGUUUUGCUGCUUGUUUGAGGAAAAUGGUAAAGUGUUAUAAUCUCGGGCUUUCAUCUAGAGUAGAGCAGUGUGUUGGUUGUCAAUUAUUGACUGUAUUUCACAAGACUGGUACAGUUACGAGAACAUAACUGACUGUUUUAUUAACUGUUGUUUUAUUGAUCUGUGUAUAUUGCGUAGCGAGUGUAUAACAGUGACUGUAUCCUUCACACAGACUGUUACAACAGACUGAUCCUGGUGAAUAGUAACAGAGGUACUGUAAAAAGUUUGUAUACCGUAUAACUGUUAUAGAUGAUUAUUGUAUUAUUAUAAAUGUGUAUUACGUUUUCUUUCCCUCUUACGUCUGACAGUGAAGCAAGGUAACAUAAUUCUUAAUCUGUUAUAAAAUCAAUGUCUUCUUUACCUUUUUGUGUUCUUUUAUUAAUUAUCUAAUAUAAAUCUCAAAGUGUAACAGAGUUCACAAUUCACAACUUAUUAUGAAGUACUUCCAGACUUUUAAAGUUAGUACUGUACCGCCAUCUCGGAUAAACACAACGAGACUAAAUGAUAGACACAACGAUGACAAUGUUUCUUAUAUCUAUUUUACCAUUGAUAUCAAGUUGCGCUGCUUCAUAUUUAAUAUAUCAAUAAUAUAGGAAUAUAUAUUAUACGAGUUAUGAUAUAUAGCAGUUUAUUACCUUUUAAAAUAUAGAAAUGAUACAGCCUAUAAUGACGUACCCCGCU